UUUUUCAAAAAUAAAUAUAAUCCGCUCUUAUAAUUACUUAAUUAGGAAAUGAUCUUUACAAUAAGAUCUUUUGUUAGAAAGUAAAACGUAAUUGAUUCCACUUAAAACGUUUCUGAUUAUAACCUGGAUAAAGUUUUAGUAGGUCAAGAAUUGUAAAUCAUAAUUAUAUCAGUUAUGCGACUAAAAUGGUAACGUAAAACCUUUUUCGUUUUGUACAUGUUUAGUUUAUGAUGCCUUCAAAAUUCACAAUUGGACAUGUGUGUAUAAGUGUUUUGACAGUUUCAUCUGUGUUUAUACUCGGGCUUAACAUCGUUUUAUAUAUAGUAAAAACUGAAGAAGAUCAAUUAAUUAAUUCAGGAUAUUUCAUAAAAGAAAUUCAGAAUUUUGCAUAUUUCUGUGACGACUUGUCAUUGAGUCCGGAUGAAGAUGACGUCACGUUUAAAGUGAGAAAGAAACUUUUUGACGUCUACCUACUGAAGAAUAGAUACGUCUGUAGCUUCCGGAACCUUACAGAGCCACUGCAAAAGUUUGUAGAAAAGAAAUCACGAAUACGGCUUGCUUCAGGACAGGAAGGUAAAAGAUAUUUACAGUGUGGCAACACAAGUUUAAGAGAGCCUUCGGGUCGCCGAACUGCAGCAUUCAGAAGUUUGUCAAAACACCAAACCUACAAAGUUGGAGAAUCGAAUGCUGUCAUAAACUGGGACAAACACCCAGAGCGAUCUUUUAUAUCUGAAGAUGUCGAAUACCAUAAAGGAGAAAUCAAAGUAUCCGAAGGUGGAUUUUAUUUCAUCUAUACAACUGUUAUGAUGAAUCUAACUAAACCUAUGGUGAACCUCGGUGAAAUGUGCAGAUUUGCUCUAUAUGUUUGUGCAAACAGGAAAGGGUACGAGCGUAUUCUUCUUAGUUCAUUCAAAUCAUUCAACACAUCAUGUACAAAUGACAUUACUAAUAACAAAAUGAACGACGCCACAUCGCUGUCAACUCGAGGCAAUGUUUAUGUCACAAAAGGCGAGUCUGUUUAUGUCAAAGUAUCGGGCGCGAACAGAAUAAUCCUUGAAUCUGUCGGAAACACGUUCGGAAUAAUGCCAUUGUCAUAAAUUUAUGAAGAAAGGCAUAGUAAACAUAACAUAUUAAUAAUCUUGAUGCGUUUUCGAAUUCAGGCAUUCUUAAAAGCAGGGCAAUGACAAGAUAAACCAAGUACACUAUACGGGUACUAUUUUAGACAUGAGACGUUUACUCCUGUAAAGUUAGCAAACUACACUACAAAGUCGAUUUCAAAAAUUAUCUUAGUCUUAUCUGUCCGCCACAGAAAGCAUGAUAACGAGGCUCCAAAAUGCGCAAAUAUACGAUGAUUGGUUAGCAGAAAUGUAACAUAACAAACCCCUUUUCGCCUCUGACGUUUUAGAACGUUGCAAUACCAUAAAAACCAUAAAAAACGUGUGAAAAAGUAGGGACAAUGAAUAUUUGCUGGAAUAUCCUUGCUGUCCUUUACUUUUACCUUUUUAAGAUCAAGUUAUUUCAGUAAAUAAGUUGCAUUAUCUUAACAUGAGUGCUUUGAAAAAAUUAGAAACCAAUAAACUAGCGCAACCUAACCAGUCACGUAUGAUCUAUCAAGGAAAAAAGAAAUAAGAUUGACAUUAAAGUCACAUUAAAAUUUUCAAUGACUGCAUCAAUUACCUUCGAAUAUAUGUAAGCAUGAGAUAAACGAGAUAUUUUCAAGAACAAACAAUAGAAUGCAAGUCAGAAUAUAUGACAAAGGAACGUGCAACAAUGUAAAUACCUAUAUAUUGUAGAGUGUAUAUCAAUAUAACAGUUUAAUUAAAUCAUGAUCCCUCUUUCCUCUUUAUAUAAAUAAUGUAACUACGUCAAUUUUAUCCAAAUCAAACAAUAUUCAUAUCUAUAUUUUACGUUAAUUUAUGAAUUUGUACAAAUUGUCGAAAAUGAAUAUAAUUUCCUUUGGUUUGUCCCACGCAAAUAGAACUGAGAAAUAUAUAUCUAAAACAUAAUUACUGUAGAUGACCUCCAUUAAUACAAUUUGAAAUUUUUCUAUCACCUAAAGGAAAUAUGUCCAUUUUGUAAAUAUAUUUCCCGUGCUAAUCUUUUUUAUUAGUAUUUGAACUUGUAUCACUAUAAUAAUGCUUAUGGUAUAUAAUAUAUAAUGCUGUUGUAACAUUUAUGACAAUAAAAAUGUUGUUGUUGUUUUUCU